CUGGGAGAUAGUUUAUUUUGGAUUUUCUUGAUGUUAAAUGCUGAAAUUGGACAUCCUAAAUGAUGGGCGUAAGGUCUGAGGUCUGGCGAUAGAGGAAGGGGAAGCGUCUGGCCGUCUGCCACUCUACCGCGUCUCUAUUGCGUCUGGCAUUUACGUUUAAGAGCUACUGUCUACAGAUCCGGGUUGACCCGUGACCUGAUCAUUUAAUGAGUUUCGCCGCCCCAGCUCAAAAAUAGUUCUGGUUCCGCCCUUGCGUCGGGAAGUAGAAUUAAAGUAUAAGUUCAAAUCAGACGAAGUUGUCACCUGUUAAACCUGUCAGACGAUGGCGGCCUGCCAUUCCAUCGGUACUUCGUGCUCCGAGGUGGAUCUCAGCUCAGCUCUCCAUGCCGAGCUGCAGUAUCUGCGAAACAAAGUCAAGGAGCUGGAGUCUUGGAAUGCCAAAUUAUCUGCCAUUUUGUCAAAUUGUAACUGCCAGCAGAUUGCUAACGUCCUAAAGGGAAACGGUUCUGAGAGCAUGUGUGAGAGCACUUGUGAGAGCAGGGACUUGAAUAAAGAAGUGAAACGCUUAAAUUUAGACCGCAAGGAGGUCAGCAUGAGUAAAACCAUGGAAAAGGGUUCAGGUAUUUGCCCUAUGACUAUGUUGGAGCCUCCCAAGAGAUAUGUUGCUUUGAAAAUCAUGUACUUUGGACAAAGGUUUUAUGGCUUUGCUUCAGAGGCACAGAUGGAACCAACAGUGGAGUCUGAAGUAUUUAAGGCCCUUGACAAGACAAGGCUUACAUUUGGAAACAAAAGAGACUUGAUGUACUCAAGAUGUGGCAGAACAGACAAGGGAGUUUCUUCUGUUGGCCAAGUCAUUGCUCUAUAUUUGCGGUCAAAUCAUAAGCAAUUUAAAGAGAGUAAUGAACUUGGUGGAGAAAAUGACAAAUCAUGUGUAGGAGAAAUAGAUUAUGUGAGAGUAUUGAAUAAAGUACUUCCCAUGGACAUUCGAGUUUUGGGUUGGUCUCCUGUUCCAAUGGGCUUCAGUGCAAGGUUCUCUUGUUUGAGUAGAGUAUACAAGUAUUUCUUUUGGAUGGGAAAUCUUGAUGUAAUGGCAAUGGAGACUGCCUCUCAGAAAUUUAUUGGAGAGCAUGAUUUUAGAAACUUUUGUAAAAUGGAUGCGGCUAAUGUGCACAACUAUAGGCGGCAUAUUAUAUCAUUUCAAAUGUUCCCUUGUUAUGAAAGUUUUGCAAGUGAUCAAUUGUGGGUGAUGAAAAUUAGUGGCAGUGCUUUCCUCUGGCAUCAGAUCAGGUGCAUGGUUGCUGUACUAUUUUUGAUUGGCCAGGGCUUUGAGUCCCCUAAUGUGAUAGAUUUAUUGUUGGAUACUGAAAUGACACCAAGGAAACCUCAAUAUGUAAUGUCCCCAGAGAUUCCACUGGUUCUUCAGUGCUGCGAAUUUGAAGGCGUCAGUUUUCUUUGCUCAACUGAUGCCAAGCAAACUUUGCUUGAACAUUUGGAGAGGGAAUGCCUAAGCUACAAAUUGAAAGCUGCAAUAUUUCAGGAGGCUCUACUAAGCUUUUCAUCUGUCGAAUAUGAUAACAAUGUAAUGAAAACAAGAGUGAAAAGGAAAGCAGCUUCCUAUGUCUCUCUGCUGUCACGCCCUACUGAGCCAUCCUAUGAAGAGCGCCGUGCAAGACUGGAUGCAGCACGGGUUCGAGAGUAAAUUUCAUUUUUGGACCUCCUCACUUAAAUAAAACAGAUAAAUCGAUAGAAGCUCAUAGGUUUUAAGCAAAUUAAGGGCAAUUCUCAUAUGUGACAAUGGGAUACAUUCACUGAUUUUCCUUCUUUAAGUAUGCCUUUUUUACAAAAAAAAAAAAUACUGCAAGAAGAAGCAACUCCCAAUGCAUAGAAGUUUGAGAGUAUCUAAUACGGAGUAAUAACUAUAGAAUACCUAUUUUGGGAAGAAAAAAAAAAGAAAAACCUGUCAGACAUGUCAUCCAAAAACAUUGUAUAUCACAAACUUUAUGAGUGUUCCCCAAUAGAUUAAUAGCAUAAGUAACAUAUUUGAAUAUUUGAUAAAGUAUUUCAUUUUCGGAAGACAAAUUAAUAUAAUUU